CGAAAAAUCGGCAUCAUGUCCCUCGUCGUCCCCGAGAAGAACAGCUUCCAGCACAUCUUGCGUUUGUUGAACACCAACGUCGAUGGUGCCAACAAGAUCAUGUACGCCUUGACCCAGAUCAAGGGUGUCGGUCGUCGUUACUCCAACUUGGUCUGCAAGAAGGCCGAUGUUGACCUUAACAAGCGUGUGUGGGUAUGAAGCGGGAAAUUGAGUGUGUUGCGCGUGUGUCUAUGAGAUGGGACAAGUGUGCUUUGUGCGGAUUGAAUGUGAAUUGGCUUCUGGAAGGUGUUGGG